AUGACCUUCGCCGAGGGUCUGGCAAAACUAAACGAAGCGCUCACGCCAGAGGAGAGAAACAAAAUCAUGGGACAUCGAAAGGGAGAUUCGAGCACUUACUUGCAAUAUUACAUGUCGAACUUCAUUGACGUGGAUUGCCAGUCAAUCUGCUUCGGCACAGCCCCGCAACACGACCUUGUGCAGUUAGCCGCCCGCCUUCGCCGCCAUGACGGCGCUCCAAAAGAACUGACAGCCCAACAAAUUGCAAAAAUCCAUAAAAACGAGAAACUUGCCAAAUAUUGUGCCGAGAGAAACCGUGCGAUGCUAGAAUGGAAACGCCAGGGCUACCGCAGCCGAGAACUCGCCGAAGGCACCGAAAUGCAGAAGCGAUACGACCGCUACAGCAAGAAGAUUAAUAACCUGCGCAGGGUCUUGAAGGCGUCUCGACUGCAAAAAGCCAUUCAAGACUUUCACACUAAUGUCCAUGUGGACGAGGUUAACCGACAACCCGGGGUAUAA